GUCGCCCUGUGAGUGGCGGGGCGGAAUGUCAGUCAAUGCCAUGCUGCUGCCGAGACUCCACAGAGAGGGAGAUGUCAGAAGCUGAGGUGCUCCCUUCCUUCAGUAGCACUAGUGGGGUUCAGCAGCCAGCAUGGCCACAGCUGCCUCCAGCCCCUACACCCUGCUCAGCUCCAGCCCCAUGAUCCACCCGGACAGCCAGGCCAUGCAGCCUGCAAGCCCGUACAGAGGGCACCAGAAGCUCCUCCAGAGUGACUACCUGCAGAGCCUCCAGAGCAACGGGCACCCCCUCGCGCACCAGUGGGCGAGCAGCCUGUCGGAGGGCAGCCCAUGGUCGGCCUCCAUGGAGCAGCAGGACGUGAAGCCGGGCCGGGAGGACCUGCAGCUCGGCAUCAUCCAUCACCGCUCCCCGCACGUUGCGCAUCACUCCCCGCAUCACAACAACCAUGGCAACCACCCGGGAGCGUGGGGGACUCAGGUGUCCCACAACUCCUCCAUCACCAGCGCUCAGCAGAUCAACAUCUACUCCCAGACGGGCUUCACUGUCAAUGGCAUGCUGGACCACGGUGGCCUCACGCCUCCACCCAACCAGCAGGGCCAGGGCAUGCACUCGGGCCUCAGGGACACGCUCAGCCCGGAGCACAGCGACCUCGGCGGGCACCACUGCCACGACCACUCCGACGAGGAGACGCCGACGUCGGACGAGCUGGAGCUCUUUGCCAAGCAGUUCAAGCAGCGGAGGAUCAAGCUGGGCUUCACGCAGGCGGACGUGGGGCUGGCCCUGGGCACACUCUACGGGAACGUGUUUUCCCAAACCACCAUCUGCAGGUUCGAGGCUCUGCAGCUGAGCUUUAAAAACAUGUGCAAACUCAAGCCGCUGCUGAACAAGUGGCUAGAGGAGGCGGACUCGACCACGGGCAGCGCGAGCAGUAUAGACAAGAUAGCAGCUCAGGGGAGGAAGAGGAAGAAGAGGACCUCCAUCGAGGUGAGCGUGAAGGGGAUUCUGGAGACGCACUUCCUCAAGUGUCCCAAACCCGCCGCGCCGGAGAUCACGUCGCUCGCGGACUCGCUGCAGCUGGAGAAGGAGGUGGUGCGCGUGUGGUUCUGCAACCGGAGGCAGAAAGAGAAGCGCAUGACGCCGCCGGGAGAGCUGCAGCACGAGGGACCUUAUUCUCACGGCGGGAGCGCGGGAGACGCCUCGUCGUGCCACGAUCUCUGACCGAAGCACCGGGAGGAAUCCCCCCCCGGUACAGACUCUCCGGAGCGCUAGGGCACCUCCAAGCCCUCGCGCCCCGUCCCGGUACAGACUCCAGCACUGAAACACAAUAACAAUAACAGAGAUACCUGUUCAGCCUUCAUUUUAUAACCGUCACAGGGGGCAUUAUUUUAUCAAAACGUCACAUUUCAGAUCACCUUUUGGAGCCCGCCAAAUUAUUUUCUACAUCACGGAUAUAAACACAAAAUGUGCCUAUAAUAACCUGCCAGCGCCUUUGGUUUGUGUCACCACAUCUUAUCAGCUCGGUAAUAAUGAUGUGAUGGGACUUUUUAUUUUUAUUUUUUCGGGCUUCUUAUUUGUGUUGUUUGAUCAGCGGAGUGAAGCAAAUAAUCUUUUCUUAAUUGAUUUCUUGCAGCACCAGAGACCGUUUUUUUUACUGUCCACCUCAUGCUUCCCUCGGGCUUAUACACUGCUUUAUUUCUCAUAUUUACACUCAUUAUUUUGUAACAUACUCGUAGCAGAUCUGUAAUUAUUUUUUGCAUAUGCAAAUAUUGGCCCUCAUUUCAGUUGUAGAGCUACCAACAUAAUAGCACUUGGAGGUUUUGUUUUAUUAAAUUCCUCCCUAAUGGCCUGUAGCUUAUGAAGCCACACACACAGCUACAGCUAUUUAUAAUUUCAUGCAUUUGAUUUCAAUCAUCUUCGACCAUAUAAACUGUGUGGACUCUGAACCAGAGCCGAGAAUAGAAAGAGGGGUUGACGACGCUAUACACCUGCCUAUCAUUUUAUUGUACGUCAGUAUCAACAUUUUAUAAUCUUAAAUACUCCUGUUAUUGGUUUAUUUCUUAAGUAUUUUUCCGAAUAUUGUACAGUUUUAUAUAUUACCCUUUUGAAGUCAUUAAUUUAAACAAAAAUGCUCUUAGUUAUUCAUGCACUUAAUUAGCAAUGUAAAAACACACACUAUUUUCAGUAAGAUUUGAACUGUUCCGGCGGUUUUAUUCCAAAUUUUGAUGACAGCUCAAGUAAUUAUUUAUUUUCAGUAUAAAGCUUGUAUUAUGUUUUGAAAUAAACUAUGUAUGUUGUAAUAAACAAU